UGGUCAGGGCACGGUGUGAACACAGGUGGGGACUUCGAGAUGCGAAUGUUUUGAAGGUUACGAAAGCGGCUUCAUGAUGAUGAAAAACUGCAUGGACAUUGAUGAGUGUGAGCGGAACCCUCUGCUGUGUCGCGGUGGUGAGUGUGUGAACAACGAGGGCAGCUUCCAGUGUUUGUGUCCCGACGGACACGAGAUUGCCCCCGACGGAUCCGCCUGUCUCGAUAUUAAUGAGUGUGAACUGAGUGAGAAGCUGUGUCGGAACGGUCAGUGUGUGAAUAUGAUUGGACGUUACCAGUGUUCCUGUGAUACUGGAUAUAAAUCCACGGAGGACAGACUGGCCUGUGUCGACAUUGAUGAGUGUACGAUCCAGAAUGGAGGUUGUGAGACAUUCUGUACCAACUCAGAGGGGAGCUAUGAGUGCAGCUGUCGCUCUGGAUCGCCCUGA